ACCUAUUGCGCAUCCCUGCAUAUUUCUCAAGAAAUUCGCUAAAAUUGAAACUGCGUUGAAGAAGUUUGCUAAUUGUUGCUUGUAUCUUUAGUGGGGGAUCCCCUUUAGUGUGACGUUAAUAAUAAAUCGAAAAGAAAGUUCCGUUUUUAUAGAAAGGAAAAAUCUACAUAAAAGGAAUACCUUUUUAAUGUGAUAAUUUUUUGUUUUAAAUCAAAGAAAACUAAGAAAUAAAAGCAAGAUCAUGUCCGGCAAUGAGCAAAAGCCGAUGAUGGUUAAAGAAUCUGCAGAAUUUAUCUCACAAAAUGCAAAACAUGUUUCCAUAAGUGACAUUGGAGUAGAAAAAGCUGCAGAAUCUAUUCUGAAAGGAUUCAAGGAAGAAAAGUUUUCUUUAAAAAGCUGGAAACUAAAUGAACUAAAUCCUCAAGACGCUAAUCACCCCUCUACUAUAGAUUGGAUAUUCUUUGCUGAUACUCUGAAUUUUUCCUUCUGGUCUAAAAAUGAACAAUGUAAACUUACCUUUCAUGGAAAAACUUACACUGGUUACUGGUUCUUAUGUGCUGCCAUGAAUAGAGCUAUUGAGGAGGGUUUUGAUAUUCUGUCUCCAAAGUUUUAUUCUGUAGUGUCUAUGGAUACUCUGAAACAUAUCUUUAGAUCGGAUUCAGGAAAAGAAAUACCCAUGCUAGAAGAAAGGCACAAAGUUCUAAUAGAAACAGGCAGAUGUUUAAUUGAAAAAUUCGGUGGCUCUUUCAAAAACUGCGUUGAAUUAUGCAAAAAUAAUGCUAUGAAUCUUUUAAACUUAAUAAUAGAAAACUUUCCAUCAUACAAAGACGAAGCAUUGUAUGAAGGUAAAUUAGUUUCUUUUUACAAGAGAGCACAGAUUUUGAUAGGAGAUAUUUGGGCUUGUUUUGAAGGACAAGGAUUAGGAUAUUUUGAAGAUAUACAUAAUCUGGCUAUAUUUGCUGAUUACAGAAUUCCUCAAGUCUUGGCCCAUAUGAAAGUUUUAAUUUAUUCUGAAGAUCUCUAUCAGAAACUAGAGAAAGGAAUAGAAAUGAAAAAUGGAGAUAGUGAGGAAGUUGAAAUCAGAGGCUGCACUAUUUGGGCUGUUGAGCUUAUCCUUCAGAGAAUAAAAAAGUUGGAAGUUGAAGGAAAAGAUAUUCUCUUCAAUUCUAUAUUGAUUGAUCACUACUUGUGGGAACACAGACGGAAACAUGCUGAAGAAAUGAGUUCAACUCCAUUUCACAGAGUUCGAUGCAUCUAUUACUGACUGUAUUAUAAUUAAAGAUUGUACCAAAAAUUUCAGUUGAUGAGCACACAUAUAUUUUGAAUCACGUAAUGAAAAAAUUAUUAUUCUC